ACUGCCUGUCUGGGGGCCCUGGGGCCUCUGUUUCUGUGGUAGUGUGGCAGCUGGGACCAUGGCUAGCUUCAGUCCGCCUGGUGUCACAUAAGCCAGCCCACAGGGUCCUGUAGCUUCUCCUUUCUGGCUAGAAGCUCCAGGCAUAGCCUGGGAGUGGGUCCUCCCAGAGAGGGCUAUAGCCAGGACCCUGCCAGCCUCAGGGGCCACAGCAGCUCUCACACCAACAUCUUGCUGAGCAGGAGCAGUUCCAGGGUCUCCAAUAACGUCUGAUCAUCAUCACUGCCAGGAUUCAAGGCGGCUGCCUGCCAUGGCCAAGAGGUGCGCCACAGCUUAACCCGCUCGGUGAUGGACUCCAGGGCCCGCCAGAAGUCUCACCUGAGUAAGAAGUGGAGGAUCCAGGCCCAGGAGAAUUUUGCCAAGAAGUUUCCGUACAGGUUCUCGUUGCUGACAGAGCCCGACCCUGAGCCCCUGCAACCCUGGAAGGUCACAGACAAUUCCAAUACGGUGCAGCUGCCCCUGCAGAAGAGGUUGGUGCCAACGAGGUCCAUCCCAGUCCGAGGGCUCGAGGCUCCAGGUUUUACAUCAACGUCUGGCUCCAGCCCGGCACCACUGCCAGCUUCACCGCCACCUCCACUGUGUAGCCUUUGGGAACUCAAGUUGCUGAGCCACCGCUUCCCCAGACAACUCGCCUUCCUGCUGUCCACCCUUGACACUGAGGCUGCCUCCCCUACAACCAGAGAGGCGGCAGGGCCAUCCAGGGGCCACUCCUAGAGCCUGGGCUUUGUGUGGCCUCCUUACUGGCCACCUACUCCUUGACAGGCUCUGGGCAGCGGCCGCAGAGACCCGAGUGAAAGGGUCAGCCUUCACAGACCGGGAGUGCUUUGUGGUCCCCCAAGGAGCUAUGCCAAGCUGAUAAACUGUGCGGAGUCCCACCCGACUUCCAGCUGGGAUGA